AUGCCUUCAACAGUCAUGAACGGCAUGGAACCCAAAGCGUCUACAUACCAGAUUGUCGAGGAGCCGAUGUGCACUCCCCGUCAUGUGCGGAUCAUCACUCUUGGAGCUGGCGCAAGCGGAUUGAACGUCGCCCGCAAUGUCAAGGUUCACAUGAAGAACGUCGACCUCCAAAUCUAUGAGAAGAACGCAGAGGCCGGUGGUACGUGGUUGGAAAACCAGUAUCCAGGCUGUGCGUGCGAUAUUCCCAGCCAUAACUACCAAUACUCAUGGGAGCCCAACCCGAGAUGGAACAGAUACUACUCGCCACAGCCCGAGAUUCUGGAAUAUUUCCAGAAAGCAGCAAAGAAGCAUGGCUUGCUGCCAUAUGUCAAGUUUCAACAUAGGGUAGUUGAGGCGAGGUGGGAUGAGAACGAGGGAGUGUGGAAAUUCAAAAUCGAGAAUCUGACGACCGGGGAAGUCUUUGAUGAUUGGGGCCAUUUCUUUAUCAAUGGUUCUGGCUUCUUGAACAACUGGAAGUGGCCAAAUAUUCCGGAGCUUCAUUCAUUCGCGGGCGAAUUGCUCCAUACUGCAGCUUGGAGGCCUGUGGACCUCAAGGACAAAACAGUCGCAGUCAUUGGCUAUGGUUCCAGUGGUAUUCAAGUGGUCACUGCGUUGCAGCCAGAGGUGAAGCAUCUGACUACAUUUAUCAGAGGCCCAACUUGGAUUACUGCUGGGUUUGGAAGCAAGUAUGCUGCACCUGGUGGUCAAAAUUUCGACUUCACCGAGGAACAGAAGCGAGAGUUCGAGCAGGAUCCAUCUCUAUAUCUCAAAUACCGGAAGAACGUCGAACAUGAGUUGUGUGCACGGUUUAAGAUGCUUCAUGCCGAUACCCCUGAACAAGCAGCCGCAAAGCAAUUCUCUACGGAGGAGAUGCUGCGUCGUCUGGGCCCCGAUAGUCCCCUCAAAGAUUUCAUCAUCCCAGAUUUCUCAGUCGGUUGCCGGAGACCAUCUCCAGGGCCUGGAUAUUUGGAAGCAUUGUCAGCUCCUAAUGUGUCAGUUAUUACCAAAACCGAAAUAUCCAAGGUUGUCCCAGAAGGUAUCGUCAUGUCGACUGGAGAGUUGAUAAAGUGUGACGCAAUUGUCUGCGCUACUGGGUUCGAUUUGUCCUUCCGGCCACGGUUCCCUAUUAUUGGCCGCAACGGCGUUGAUCUACGGGAGGCUUGGGCUGAGCGCCCGACUGCCUAUCUUUCCAUGACACCUGCAGACAUGCCAAACUACUUCAUGUUCAUGGGUCCAAACGCUCCUGUCGGUCAUGGCUCCGCUAUCCCAAUCACCGAGCAUGUCACCAAGUACAUGCUCAAGAUGAUUUAUAAAGCACAGACGGAAGGAUAUAAAAGCUUCUGCCCUCAGGAAAACGCCAUCAAAGAAUUUGUAGAACAUGCAGACACAUUCCUACCGCGAAUGGCGUGGGCCAGCAAGUGCCGGAGCUGGUUCAAGAACGGCAAAGAGUCAGGACCAGUGAUUGGCUUGCAUCCGGGAAGUCGUAUUCACUGGUUUCACGUCUUAAAGGAACCCCGUUACGAGGACUGGGACUGGAAGACAUUCAAUCAAAAUAGAUGGGCAUAUCUGGGCAACGGUUUUACUGUCAUGGAGGGCGAGGGCAAAGAUCUAGCAUGGUAUUUCGAUAAACCAGAGGAGGAAUAUGAGGCUUUCGUGUAUUAA